UGCGCUUCCCCGGCACGCACCGGGACGAGGGGGUUGGAGGCGGGGUCGCGGUCGCUUCCUCGGGAGCGUCACCCGGCAACUGGGGGCCAUGGGUGAGACGCGUUCAGACAGAGGACACACAGAAAAAGAAGAACAGAAAGAAGAUAACAAUAGCACCGAAUGCAGCAAACUAGGAAUCAUGGAUCUGAAAUUUACUUCUUCAAGAAAAUACAUUUCCAUCAGUGUACCUUCCAAAUCUCAAACUAUGUCUCCUCAUAUCAAAUCAGUAGAUGAUGUUGUAGUUCUUGGCAUGAAUCUCAGCAAGUUUAACAAACCUACUCAAUUUUUCAUCUGUGUUUCUGGAGUUUUUAUGUUUUACCUAAUCUAUGGAUAUUUACAGGAAUUGAUAUUUUCAGUGGAAGGUUUUAAAGCUUUUGGUUGGUACCUCACUUUAGUGCAAUUUGGAUUUUAUUCCAUCUUUGGACUAAUAGAAUUGCAGUUGAUUCAGGACAAAAGGAGAAGAAUUCCUGGCAAAACCUACAUGAUAAUAGCGUUUUUAACAGUGGGAACUAUGGGUUUGUCAAAUACCUCUUUAGGAUAUCUGAAUUACCCUACUCAAGUCAUCUUCAAGUGCUGUAAGCUGAUUCCAGUUAUGAUAGGUGGGGUUUUUAUACAAGGAAAGCGUUACAACAUUGCAGAUGUGUCUGCUGCCCUGUGUAUGAGUCUUGGAUUAAUAUGGUUUACUUUAGCUGACAGCACAAUUGCACCAAACUUCAACUUCACAGGUGUGGUCCUAAUAUCCCUUGCCCUCUGCGCAGAUGCAGUUAUAGGAAAUGUACAGGAAAAAGCUAUGAAGUUGCACAAUGGUUCUAAUUCAGAAAUGGUUUUGUAUUCCUAUUCAAUAGGUUUUGUGUAUAUUUUAUUUGGAUUAAUAUGCACUAGUGGAUUAAGCCCUGCAGUAACAUUUUGCUCAAAGCAUCCAGUUCAGACUUACGGUUACGCAUUCCUUUUCUCCCUGACUGGGUAUUUUGGCAUAUCCUUUGUUCUAGCUUUGAUUAAAAUCUUUGGUGCCCUUCUGGCUGUAACAGUAACAACAGGAAGAAAAGCAAUGACCAUUGUGCUUUCUUUCUUGUUCUUUGCAAAGCCAUUCACAUUACAGUACGUGUGGUCAGGCUUACUGGUUGUCCUUGGUAUAUUUCUGAAUGUUUACAGUAAGAAUAUGGAUAAAAUCAAACUGCCUUUACUGCAUGGUCUCUGGAAAAAAAAUGUGGAAGAAAGAAAAACAAGGACGUUGUCACAAACUGUAUAGACAGUGAUUUAUGCCUUGCCUAGACUAUGACUUACUAUUAUUUUAUUGGAACAGUCUUCAACUGAUUCACUUUCCAAAGGGAACAUUAUUAAAACCAAAGGAGCUGAAGGCAUAUUGUCUGCUUGCAGAUUGCUAGAAGUGCACAUUUUUGUGAGCCCUUUCUCUAGAGCACUUGAAUUCAUCGGUAAGGGUGUCAUAGGCCAUUGUCAGAUGGCACUAUCAGGCAAUGAAGGACAACAGCUCCUGGCAAACGGCUGAGAAGCUGUACUCCAAGUGGGACACAGGAGAAGAGUAUUUUGGGCAUUUUAAUAAUAUUGGCCAUGUGGCUGAUCUGCGAUUAGUGGUUCUUUGUUAAUUGUCUAUGUGGGAUAAUUUAAAUGUAAUACUGUGUUAACAUCUAAUGGAACCUUAAUCAGCAACUGGUUGACCAAAUUGUGAUUUUUAAAGGUGGAAGGUUUACAAUAUGGUAUAUUGUCACUCUUUGUCAUUUUAAAUAAAAAUGUUGGGGCUUUUUUAAGUUACUGAUUAGAA